CAGGUUAUCGCGAGGUUUGAGGCCGCGAGCCCGGCCCGGGCGGCUGCAAUAUGGCGGAGGCGGAAGGAGAGAGCCUGGAGUCCUGGCUGAAUAAAGCCACCAACCCCUGCAACCGCCAGGAGGACUGGGAGUACAUCAUCGGCUUCUGCGACCAGAUCAACAGGGAGCUCGAGGGGCCGCAGAUAGCCGUCCGCCUGCUGGCCCAUAAGAUCCAGUCUCCGCAGGAAUGGGAGGCGGUCCAGGCCCUGACGGUGCUGGAGGCGUGCAUGAAGAACUGCGGCCGGAGGUUUCACAACGAGGUGGGGAAGUUCCGGUUUCUGAACGAGUUGAUCAAAGUGGUCUCUCCGAAGUACCUGGGGGACAGAGUGUCUGAGAAAGUGAAGACCAAGGUGAUCGAGCUGCUGUACAGCUGGACGUUGGCCCUGCCCGAAGAGUCGAAGAUCAGGGACGCCUACCACAUGCUGAAGAGACAGGGCAUCGUGCAGUCCGACCCUCCGAUCCCCGUGGACAGGACACUGAUCCCCUCUCCACCACCUCGUCCCAAAAACCCCGUUUUCGACGACGAGGAGAAAUCCAAGCUUUUAGCCAAGUUGUUGAAAAGCAAGAACCCAGAUGACCUCCAGGAGGCCAACAAGCUCAUUAAGUCCAUGGUGAAGGAAGACGAGGCCCGGACCCAGAAGGUGACAGAGCGUCUGCACACCCUGGAGGAGGCUAACAACAACGUGAAGCUGCUCGGCGAGAUGCUGCUGCACUACAGCAGGGAGGACUCUUCAGAGGCAGACAGAGAGCUCAUGAAGGAGCUGUUCGAUCGGUGCGAGAGCAGGAGGCGGACGCUGUUCAAGCUGGCCAGCGAGACAGAGGACUAUGACAGCAGUCUGGGGGACAUCCUGCAAGCCAGUGACAACCUCUCCCGGGUCAUCAACUCGUACAAAACAAUCAUUGAGGGGCAGGUCAUCAACGGGGAGCUGUCCGCCCCCACCCUGCCCGACUCUGAAGGAAACUGCCACUCCGGCAGCCAAGGCGCACUCAUCGACCUGGCAGGGCUGGACGCACCCAGCAGCCCACCCCCAGCGCUGGCGCCGGCCCCCCCAGCACCUUCCUCGGGCAUCCCUAUUCUCCCCCCACCCCCCCAGACCUCAGGGCCUGGGGGCAGCCGCUCCUCCAGCCAGGCGGAAGCCCCCCCGGGGCCCAGCAGCACAAGCAACGCCCUGUGCUUGCUGGAUGAGGAGCUGCUCUGCUUGGGCCUCACGGACCCACCCCCCACAGCCGCUCCCAAGGAGUCCGCGGGAAACGGCCAGUGGCCCCUGUUCCAGAACGAACAGUCGGACCUGGACUUUUUCGGCCCCCAAUCCGGGACGGCUGCCCGUAGCCCCCGCGACGGGCCUGUCCUCCAGCCCUCAGCCACCCCUGCCGGCAGCGCCCAGGCUCCGCUGCCGCCCCCCUUCCCGGCCCCUGCGGUCCCGGCCAGUGUUGCCACCCAAAAAGCAGGCUUCUUGUUUCCCACCGGACCGCCCCCAGCUUCGGCCCCAAAGCCUGAGCCCACAGCUCCUGGGUACCACGGCUCAGCUGUGGGCGACGGCACCCUGAACAAGCUGGACGCCCUCGAUCAGCUGCUAGAAGAAGCCAAAGUGACCUCAGGCCUGGUGAAACCCGUCACCUCCAGCUUCUUUCCUGUGGCCACCACCUCCCCUCUGGUCCCUCCCGGCGCCUCGGCCAGGCCUUUCCUGCCGUUCUGCACGGGGCCCGGCAGCCCCCUCUUCCAGCCACCCGCCUGCCCAUCCCCGGGCAGCCCCGUGAAGGGGCCCGAUCUCUCCCUGGCCAGCGUCCACGUGCCCCUGGAAUCCAUCAAGCCUAGCAGCGCCCUUCCCGUGACGGCCUACGAUAAAAACGGCUUCCGCAUCCUCUUCCACUUCGCCAAGGAGUGCCCGCCGGGGCGGCCCGACGUGCUGGUGGUGGUGGUGUCCAUGCUGAACACAGCGCCCUUGCCCAUCAAGGGCAUCAUGCUGCAGGCCGCCGUGCCCAAGUCAAUGAAAGUGAAGUUGCAGCCACCGUCUGGGACAGAACUGUCUCCGUUUAGCCCCGUCCAGCCGCCUGCAGCCAUCACCCAGGUCAUGCUGCUCGCUAACCCACUGAAGGAGAAGGCGAGGCUGCGGUACCGGCUGACUUUCGCCCUGGGGGAGCAGCUGAGCACGGAGGUGGGUGAGGUGGACCAGUUCCCUCCCGUGGAGCAGUGGGGGAACCUAUGACCCCAGAGGACACUGUCGUCUCCGCGUUGAAGCCCAAGCAGGUGGCCCUGAGACUAGAGGGCUGAGUCCAGUUGUUCACGUCCUGACCGCAGUGCUUAGAGCUUCGGUGUGGGGCAGGGCCCUGGGCGUUGUUGCCAGGGCCCGAGCUGCUGCUGUGGUGGUCUCUCCUCCUCUGGCCCCUUAAAAGGACCCGGUUUUAUCUACCUGUGUGACUUGAAGUGGCCAUGCACUGUGGGGCGGGCUGUGGCCCCAGACCCUGCACCAUCCCCUGAGGACGCAGACCCAAGGUUUGAGGAGGUUUCCUCUCGUGCUCACACCCCCCAGUGCCACGGGCAGGUCUCUAAAGAGCCUUGUGGGCCCCCCGUCAAGGACCAUGUCCUCACACCCCCACCCCCGCCAUGCUGCUUGUGCUUCCCCUGCUGGCAGGCUGCUACUCCUACCUCCAGGAGGGGGUGCGGAGCCCAGGGGCCCCCCGUGGGCCUGGGCGCAGAGCAGGGAGUUGGUGUGCUGCCUGCCGUGGGCAGCGUCAGCCUGGAAGGGCCACUGGAUGAUAAGUGUGUGCUUGUCCCUGGCGGCGGCAGGUGGCGUCCCGUGGGCGUCUCAGUGGGACGUGGAGCUCAGCCUGUUAGAGACAGAGCCGGGCCUCGCAGCACCCUGGACGAAGGCGCGAAGAGAACCGGCGCCCCCUCCCCGGGGAGCGGGACUCGGAGCUCCCUGGGACAAGUGUGCCCCACCGGGGCAGCAGGCCAGCCUUCUCACUACCUCUUGCUUGGCACGAAAUGGACUGCCGUCUCGCCCUUCGAGUCUCUGAAGGGCGGAUGACACCUGCCCCUCUGCGUCCUCUUGCUUGGGCCUCUCUCCCCCACCCCCCCGCCCCCGGACAGCCCUCGGCACCGUGAACAGACAGGAACAGGAGGCCCAGGGCCGGGCGGGAGGCGCUGGACUGGCCUGCUGCAGGAGCCGCCCGCUCAGCCGCUCGAGGGUGCUGUCGGCGAGGUGUCAGGUCUGGAGGUGGUGGGGUCGGGGGCUGAGCUUGAGUGGAGUCACCAGGCCCUGCCGCCUCAGCAGUGCUCACCCCAGCCAGCUGGUGCCAGACAGACGCGGGGCUCCCCGGGCCGCAGGCAGCAGGAGCCGCAGGCAGCAGGAGAAAGUGCACACACCUCACCGGGCCCAGCUGGACGGGCCCAGAGCCUCGUUCCCUGGCCCUAACCCUGUCCCUUGCCAGGCUUCCUGCCUCUGUCUGGAGGUCACCUCGCCCUUCCCCCCAUCUUGAGCGAGCAGGUUUCACUGCUUCCUCGGACCGGUCGAACGUGAAUUGAUUUCACUACUUAAGGAAUAAACCAAGAGCUUUCCGGAGACCAGCUGCUGCGGCCCCGGGAGAGUCGGUGGGGUCACCACAUGGAAACGCUCCUUUAUAUAAGCUUCAGACAUUAAAGUUAUUUAUGAGUGUCACUGUCGGGGUCGCUGUUUUGUGACAACUAUGCUGGAUGCACUGACUGCUGCCCUCACUUUGCUGCAUGUUAAAUAAAAUCUUUUCCACCCCA